AUGCAACCCACUCCCUCCCUCUCUCCUCCAGUCAGCCCCGCUACCAGCUACUCCUCCGCCAGUCUCAGUCACGCCACUGGCCACUCUUCCGCCAGUCUUAGCUCCACCGCCAGCUACUCUUCCUCUGGUCGUUCCACCCCCGCCGCCUCCAUGGACAUUGAUGCCUCCACCACCACCUCUGUCCGUCGCCUCCGUCUGGAACUGCAAUCGCCAUUCUUGCCGCAGUUCAAAAAGAAUACAAAAUUUAACACUGUUAAUCGUGGCGGUGGUGGUUGCAGUGGUGGCAGCGGUGGUGGUGAUAUAAGAGGUUAUAUAAGUCAACUGUUAAUUGGGCGUGGUAGUGGUGAUUAUGGUGGCGGAGUGAUGGUGAUGCAUGAUGGUGGCGGUGGUGGGGGUGAGGGUGGCGGCGAUGUGGUGGUGGCGGCGAUGUGGCAUGGUGGUGGUGGUGGUGGCGGCUAG